AGGUAAUAGCCAAACACUGGAGGAGAGACGCUUCACCAGCUCGGGAGCUUCUGUUUUGUUGAGUUUUAAACCGAAUGAGACACGAAUGAGCGGGGUCGGCUCGGUGGGUCUCGGCUCCGGACUCCGGGCUUCACGCUUUCAAAGUUCCUUGUUCGGUGGGUAAAAAAAAAACAAAAAAAAAAAACACCCGAAAAUCGGUUUGGUGUUUCGACACCCGUCUUUUUUUUCCCCGUCGGUUCGAAGCGCGAGUUGUUGUUUGAGACUUCCGCGGUUUGCUCUGAGCAACUUAUCAAGGACACAAAACAGCCACGACUCGAACUUCUUAUGCGGUUCCAGGUAUUUUGAGCCAUGCCUGGCCAAAGCACAGGGGCUCCCCAGACGUCCCACAACCAUAAACCCCACACCUCCAGCACCAGAAUGGACACGUACCGGCAAACCCGAACUAUAUACCGGGAGAGCACGGUCAAGCAAGACAUAUACAAGAAUCAUCAUGGGGAUCAGCUCAAUGUACACCCCAAGUAUGCAGAGAACAAAUAUGGCCGCAGCAAAGGACACGUACGAAAUGGUACAUCCCAGAACUCAGAGACUAUAGGAUUUAUCCCAGGGUCGGCAGACACCACGUCGAGCAGCAGAGCCACCUGUGACUCUUGUGCCUCAGUGGGUUGGAAUAGCUGUAAAUCUCUUAUGUGCUGUAUACUGACCUGUGGAUUUUAUGGCAGCCGAGAUCCCUGUGUGCCUGCUAAUGAGAGCUCCACGGACCACCCACCCAAAUCAGGCGGUGAGCCGCCUCCUGGCAUGGUUAUGACCAACCCAACCUGUGGUGUCCCUUUGGAAUCCAACAAGCCCGCAAAACCUAACAAGUUACCCCCUAGUGAAAGCUUCCGUUACCCGGACGUGCGUUUUAGAGGAGAGAUUAUAAACUACCCAGUUAAUGCCCCUAAAAGAACCCGUACACCCGUCAAGGGAGAAAGCCAUCGACCGAUCAGCAACACCAGCUUGUUAUCCAACGACUACUACGAUCUGGACGACCCGUGUGACAGCACAGACGUUGACUCUCUUAUCACCAAAAAGCUGCUGGAGCUUUACGCUCUGCAUCAGAUCGAGGAGCUGGCCAAGUGCACAUCUGACUCAUCCUUCUCCCGAAAGACCAAUGAGAUCAGUGAGCUCAUCUACAACAUCGCCCAGAACUACAACUUGGAGGAACAGGAAGCCGAGUGCAAGCUGGUGCACGGAGUCAUUCGCAUCAGCACACGUAAGGGCAAGAAAAAAGCCAGCCAUCAUUCAACAGGACACCGUCCAAAUGGCAGGAGUGACGGUACCCUCCCUGACAGCGGCAAUGAGACUAUGACCUGCAGCAGUGAAUAUCCAGAGGUGAAAGUGUCCGAGCAGACGCCAUCGGAUGAGCUGGCACGGAAAAUGAGGCAUUACAGCGGGAGAGCAUAUACCUCCAACUCAGCCACAGCCUACUCGCCCUACCUUCACAACACGGGAACACACUCCUCAGCAGCUCCUCUGCUUAUUUAA